UAAACUUUCUCAUAGUCAACAAAAUAGUGGCUGGGUGCUGAUUUCAUUGGAUAAGUUGGCUACAGCAUUUUAAUUAUCAUUUUACAUCUAUCUAGGUGUAGCUGAAAUUCAAAAUGCACAUCAAAGUAAAACUAUAUCACAGCUCAAUGCCAUGCUAAAUGUACUUGGCCUCUGUGGUAAAAUUCACAGUGGGUUCUGCUGGACAGAUACUGGGUUGGGCACUAUUUUAAGUGCUUUUUCUGGAUGAACUCAUUUCAUUCUCAAAAGCUCUAGGAGGUGGUCUGCUAUAAGGACUGCAGAUCGCUUUGAUCUGUAAGAUGAGGAAAGUGAGGCAGCGGUCAGGAACUUGCCCCAAGUCUCUCAGCUGGUGUGUGGUAGGGCCCGUCUGGAUGGAAUCCCAGGCAGUGUGGCUCCAGGGUCCCCUUGGCCAUCACUUCUUGCUGCUUCUAAUCACUGCAGAGGCAGCAGCGGAAGACCCACUGCCCCCUUUUCCUGGGCCCAGGAGCUGAGCUAAAGCCCCUUCCACUGCAGGCCUGGCUACAUACAUAAAUUGCGGGGCCCAGUCGAAAAUGAAAAUGCAGCACCCUUGCUUCAAAUGUUUAGAAUUUUACUCAAUGUCAAAAGAGCAUUAAGGCAGGAGCUGAGUUUUGUUUUGUUUUUUAUUUAUUUUAAAAUUUUGUUUAUCUUAUCUAGCUGUGUUGGGUCACUUGGGCUCUCUAGAACUGGCACGCAGGUUUAGUUGCCCAGCAGCAUGUGGGAUCUUAGUUUCCCAACCAGGGAUCAAACUCCAUCCCCUGCAUUGCAAGGUGGAUUCAUAACCACUAGACCACCAGGGAAGUCCCAGGAGAGCUGGGCCUUUUAAUGUGGGGCCCCAUGUGACGGCAUGGGUCUCAAGCUGCCCACAAAAGGGUGGGAGUUCCUAGGGUUAUCCCGAAGAAGACUCCUCAGUGCCCUGGGAGGCAGGUCAGUCAGUACACUCGUUAAGCAAGAAUCAAACAGGCUCAGAGAGGCGUGCUUCGUUUUGCCCCAGGUCACACAGCAGGUUAGUGGCAGAGAUGGGAUGGGAACCUGGGGCCACCGACUACAAAGCCCCCUCCCUACCGCCUGUCUAAAGGUAUCCCGGGUUUUUUUCUAAGAAGGAGAGGGCUGUGGGGCUCCAGAGAGACUUCCUUCAUAGCCCUGGUGUGUCUCUCCCUGCCCCACGCCACGUUCCAGGAGGCCUGAACGGCUGGCUCCCUUCUGCUCUCCCCUCCGCAGACACUGAGGACCACGCGUCCGUCCGUGACUCUCCCCCACCCCCCCGCACCCUCUGACCCGCCAGUCACCAUGGCUACUUCGAAGUUGCCAGCGGUGUCCGGGGAGGAGGAGACCACCAUCCUCAUGGCCAAGGAAGAGCUGGAGGCCCUGCGCACCGCCUUCGAGUCGGGCGACAUCCCCCAGGCCGCCUCCCGCCUCCGGGAGCUGCUGGCCUCCUCGGACUGCACCCGGCUGGAGGUGGGCGUCACAGGCGAAUCGGGGGCCGGCAAGUCGUCCCUCAUCAACGCCCUUCGCGGCCUGGGCGCCGAGGACCCCGACGCGGCCCUCACCGGCGUCGUGGAGACCACAAUAGAGCCCUCGCCCUACCCGCACCCGCAGUUUCCAGACGUGACCCUGUGGGACCUGCCAGGGGCCGGCUCUCCCGGCUGCUCGGCCGACAAGUACCUGAAGCAGGUGGACUUCGGCCGCUACGAUUUCUUCCUACUCGUCUCGCCCCGCCGCUGCGGCGCGGUGGAGACCCGCCUGGCCUCCGAGAUCCUGCGCCAGGGCAAGAAGUUCUAUUUCGUGCGCACCAAGGUGGACGAGGACCUGGCGGCCACGCGCAUGCAGCGGCCCUCGGGCUUCAGCGAGGGGGCUGUCCUGCACGAGAUCCGCGAGCACUGCGCCGAGCGGCUGCGCGGGGCCGGCGUCCACGACCCGCGCGUCUUCCUCGUGUCCAACCUCUCGCCCGCGCGCUACGACUUCCCGCUGCUCAUGUCCACCUGGGAGCGAGAUCUGCCCGCGCACCGGCGCCACGCCGGCCUGCUGUCGCUGCCGGACAUCUCGCUGGAGGCCCUGCAGAAGAAGAAGGACAUGCUCCAGGAGCAGGUGCUCAAGACGGCCCUGGUGUCCGGCGUCAUCCAGGCCCUGCCUGUGCCCGGGCUGGCGGCCGCCUACGACGACGCGCUGCUCAUCCGCUCGCUGCGCGGCUACCACCGCAGCUUCGGCCUGGACGACGACUCGCUGGCCAAGCUGGCCGAGCAGGUGGGCAAACAGGCAGGGGACCUGCGCUCCGUCAUCCGCUCCCCGCUGGCCAACGAGGUCUCCCCCGAGACGGUCCUGCGGCUCUACUCCCAGUCGUCCGACGGCGCCAUGAGGGUGGCCCGGGCCUUUGAGAAGGGUAUCCCGGUGUUCGGGACGCUGGUGGCCGGGGGCAUCAGCUUCGGCACCGUCUACACCAUGCUCCAGGGCUGCCUAAACGAGAUGGCCGAGGAUGCCCAGCGCGUCCGCAUCAAGGCUCUGGAGGAGGAGGAGGAGGACACUCAGCCCGAUGUCAGCCUGGAGGCGGCUGGUGACAAUGGAGUGGAGAAGCGGGGAUCCGGGGAGGGGAGCAUGGAGGAAGCCCCACUCUCCACCCGCCGGAAGAUUGGCCUCCUCCUUAAGUACAUUCUGGACAGCUGGAAGAAGCGAGACUUGUCCGAAGACAAAUGAAAGCGCAGCCCUUACCCACUGCCUCACCCACAAACCAAGCCUUUUGAAAACCCACCAAACAAUCAAAAAAGGCCUAAUGUGGUGAAAA